GCCAAGUCUGAAGGUGCUGGGGCAUGGAGGUGCUGGGCAUAGGGGUGCAUGGUCUGAGGAUGCUGGGCACAUCGGUGCAUGGUCCAGUGGUGCUAGGGUGCACAGCACAAGGUUCUGGGAUGGUUUGGGGGUGCUGGGCAUGGGUGCAGCUCCAGGGGUACAAGCCCCAUGGGUGCAGGGCCUGGCAGUGCUGGGUGCAGGGGUGCUGGGCACAGAGGUGCAAGGUUAGGGGGUGCAGGAGUGCAGGGGUGCAAGGCCUGGGGGUGCCAACAAGGUGCCCAUCCCCCACCACCAGCACCCAGGCCACCCCAGAGGCAGUGAUGGAAAAGGACCCCAACUGCUACCAGGAUGCAGCCAAGACAGCGGUGGGUGAUGCUCUGGGCACCGAGGGGACGGAGACACAGCAGCUGGAUGACUUUGUGAGCACUCACCCCGACUACAAUGAGGAGGAGGAGGAGCAGAAGUAUUUCCGCCGCAAGCGCCUUGGUGUCAUCAAGAAUGUGGUGGCCGCCAGCUUGGCUGGCAUGUUGACCUACGGCGUCUACCUGGGCCUCCUGCAGAUGCAGCUGAUCCUGCACUACGAUGAGACCUACCGGGAGGUGAAAUAUAGCAACAUCCAACUGGAGGACAUAGACCAUAAGGUGUUGAUGGGCAUCAACGUCACCCCCGUCGCAGCGCUGCUUUACACGCCUGUCCUCAUCAGGUUUUUUGGCACCAAGUGGGCCAUGUUCCUAGCGGUGGGCAUCUACGCCCUCUUCGUCUCCAGCAACUACUGGGAGCGCUACUACACGCUGGUGCCCUCCGCCGUGGCCAUUGGGGUGGCCAUUGUGCCCCUCUGGGCUUCCAUGGGCAACUACAUCACACGGAUGGCCCAGAAGUACUACGAGUACGUCAACUACAAGGAGGAGCAUGUGCAGGAGCAGCAACGGGCGCCACGGGGUGCCUGCCAUGCCUACGUCAUCAUCUUCCAGACCAUCUUCUACACCUGCUUCCAUCUGAGCUUUGUCUGUGCUCAGAUGCCCAUGGUCUUCUUCCUCAACACCUACCUCUACCAUCUCAACCACACGCUCUUUGGAGUCAAGCACUGCGGGACCCUGAGCCAUGGAAUACUGCCCGGCUUCAACAAGACGGUGCUGCAGAGCCUGCCCCGGAGCAUGAACCUCAUCAUUGUGGAGAGCGCCCUGAUGGCAGCCGCCUUCCUCGCCAUGCUGGUGGUCCUGGUGCUCUGCGGCUCGGCGUAUCGGCCCACAGAGGAGAUUGACCUGCGCAGCAUCGGCUGGGGGAACAUCUUCCAGCUGCCCUUCAAGCACAUGCGAGACUACCGGCUGCGUCACCUCUUGCCCUUGUUCAUCUACAGCGGCUUCGAGGUGCUUUUCGUCUGCACCGGCUUCUCCCUAAACUACGGCGUGUGUGCCCUGGGGCUAGAGAAGCUGGCGUACCUCCUUAUGGCCUACGGCUUCUCCGGCUCAGCUUGCUCCAUGCUGGCGCUUGGCAUGCUGCGCCUGCGGCGGCAGCUCCUGCUGCUGGCUGGAGCGUUUGUCCACGGUGCUCUCCUGGUGACCCUCUUCUGCUGGGCACCCGAGCCACGGCUACUGCUGCAGGCACCUCUGCUCUUCACCAUAGUCGUGCUCUGGGGCUUGGGCAGCGCCCUCAACAAGACCGGCAUUAGCAUCCUCCUGGGCAUGCUGUACGAGGACAAGGAUCGCCAGGAUUUCAUCUUCACCAUCUACCACUGGUGGCAAGCCCUGGCCAUUUUCACUGUCUACUUGUGGUCAGGGCUGCCCAUGAAGGCCAAGCUGUCCAUCAUGCUGCUGACACUGGCGGUGGCGAUGGGUUCCUACCUCUGGAUGGAGCGCAAGCUGGUGCAGCAUGUGCAGUACCGCCUGCCUCGCAUCCCUCGCCCACGCCACAAGAUGCGUGGCUACCGCUACCUGGAGGAGGACGACUCGGAUGAGACUGGCUCCGACAAUGAAGGUGGCAAGGAUGGCAAGGAUGACAAUGACGAGCACCCAGCAGAAGCCACCAGUGAGGAGGAGCUGCCAAAAAAUGACAGGGACCAGCUGGGUUAGAGACAGCCUGUCCUGCCCCACCACCCCCCUGCUCUCUGAGCCUGAGGGGGGGUCCACAGCCCUCCUUGGAGCUGCCCAAACCCCCCUGAACGGACCAAAGCUUCUACAAGCCUCCCUCAGGACAGGCUUGCAGCGCCUCCAAGCUGGCCCACAGACCCCUGGGCUGGCCUGCAGAUCCCUAACCAGGUUCACAGUCCCUCAGAACAGGCUUGCAAUCAUCCAAGCAGGACCACAGCCCCCCACUAACCAGGCCUGCAGCCCCUCAGACCAGGUCCACAGCCCCCCAGAUCAGGUUUACAGCCCCUCUAGCCAAACCCACAGCCCCUCCAGAAAGAUCUACAGCCCCCUAACAGGUCCAGAACCCACCUGAGGCCAGGUCCACAGCCCCCUUAGCCAAGUCUACAGCCCCUCCAGCCAGGGCUGCAGCCCCCAAACUUGUCCACGGUCCCUCAGGCCAGGUCCAUAGCUCCCUUAGCCAAGCCUGCAGCACCCAAACAAGUCCACAGCCCAUCUGAGGCCAGGUCCAUAGCUCAUCUGAGGCCAGGUCCACAGCCCCUCAGAACAGACCCCUAGACCAAGCCUGCAGACCCCUAGGACAGGUCUGCAAACCCCCUAACAGGUCCAGCACCCCACAGCCCUUCAGACCAGGUCCAGACUGGUCCCCAGUCCAAGCCUGCAGCCAGAAACAAGUCCAGAGCCUCCCAGGGCCAGGUCCAGAGCCCCCCAAGGCCAGGCCUCCAGCCCCCAGACAGGUCCAGAGCCCUGCCCCAGACCAAGUCAAGCAUCUCAGGCCAAGCCUCCAGCCCCCAAACUGGUCCAGAGCCCCCUAGACCAAGUCUGCUGCCCCCAAAUAAGUCCAGAGCCCCCCCCAGACCAGAUCCAAAGCCCCUCAGGCCAAACCUCCAGCCCCCAAACUGGUCCAGAGCCCCCCCUAGAGCAGGUCCAGAGCCCCAAGUCCAAGCCUGCAGCCCCUACACUACUACUCCACAGCCCCUCACACCAGGUCCAGAGCCCCUCAAGCCAAGCCUGCAAGCCCCAGACAGGCUCGCAGCCCCCGAGACACCACCUCCUAGCCAGCCUGGCCCCUCCCUGUUCCCCUGUGGCUCAAUAAAACCCCUUUCGCCCACCGCCUCCGUCCCGCAUCUUCGCGUCGCCGCGGCCCCACCGCCCACCAUGAGGAGAGCCGGUGAGAGAGAACUACAACUCCCGGCGUGCACCGCGCCGCAGGCUAGGGUCGGUGUUUUGCGCCGGCG